AUGGAUCCAGUGUUGAAGCUCAAGCGGAAAGGAUCAAGACGGAUCAAGACAAAGGCAGCCCGUGGAAAUGUUUCGUUUGACGCACGGCGUUUCACCAAGGCACCCUUGCGGCCCCUGGUUAGCGCAUGCAGGCUACUGAAGCUGCAUAUGCACCCGCUGUGGUCACUGAGGCUGCCCGCUAAAGAAGCCCCUGGGAUGGGCGAUGAGGCCCCCCCGCACGCCGCCUGGGGAAAUGAGUGCAAACUAGAAGCGCUGAAGCGCGCUGUUUGCGAUACACAGAAUUUUUUUUCUCGACUGCGGCGCAUCGCUGCACUUGGCAUUGGCUCAGGCGCGCAGCUGUUUUCAAAUCCGACCAUCCUAAGCGCAGAAUCACAUCCCGAUCUCGCCAUGCCUCUGAUAAAUGGCCAGAAGAUGGCCUGUGAGCCGUGCAUCCGAGGCCAUCGCUCCACCAAAUGCACACACGCCUCUGAGCGGCUCAUGGUCCCCGUGCGCAAGCCUGGCCGACCGCUCAGUUCGUGUCCGCAUCCCUCGUCACAGCUUUGCGGCUGUGCUGCCGUGACGGCUGCCAUCCCCAAGAAACAGAAAUGCCGCUGUGGCACUUCGGAAAAGGCGCCUGGCCGCAAGGCGGGAGACCAGGAGAGCCCGGAGACGUCAAACGGGCUGGUCACGCCUCCAAGCCCAUCCACGAAAGGAUCCGCAACAAAACCAGCGUACCGCGUGCAGAAAACAAACUCCAAGACGGCCUCUGGCAGGAAACCUAUCGACGCUGCAAGCUUAGAGAGAAUAGAUGCGAGCCAGAUCAACAUUAUAUCGUCUCCUGAAUCGAGGUCCCCGCAAUCGCCCAACGGCAACAUACCCACAAUACCUGUCGGCCAUGGCAUCAUGGGGUUUGUCCCAAAUGGUAACGCUUUUAACCCUGGCCCAGCUAUAUUUCCUUCCUACCAGGAGGUGGCAUCGCCGAAUCACAUCCUCGACCACACUGCACCCAAACCGGCGGCGUCGAAUGGACAAACCGUCCCCCCUGCAGUCGGAAGUUGCUGCGGGAAUGGAAAAUCGACAGCUGCCCAAGCAGAUAGACAGCAGACGCCCAUGCCAGACGGGAAGCCCGUCAUUAAGAGCGAGCCUGGGAGCUGUUGCUCAUCUGGAGCGGAAAAGCCCGAGAUCAAGCCACACCAACACAUGCCUAACCAGGUCAAUGGCCUAAUGAUGUCGCAGUUUAAUGUCCCGAUUGGCAUGCCGAAUGCCGUGUAUCCUUACAUGGUUCAACCCACCAUAUUCGCAUAUCCACCACAAUACGGCUCCUAUCUUCAACCUCUUCAACCUGAUCAGUAUAGACAGCUGGUGAUGAUGAACCUUCCACAACCAAUGACGAAUAUCCAGCCUGUGCCAUAUAACGCGGCCGCCCCGGUACAGUUGCCUCAGUCGAAUGGCUUGGAGGCGGAUUCAUGGACAGGCCACCAGUGCGGCUGCGGAGACUCGUGCCAGUGCAUUGGCUGUGCUACACACCCGUACAACCAAGCGACGCAGGAAUACGUGCGGUCUGCCUUGAGCAGCAUGGGAGAGGAUGCCUACAAGCGUCACAGGCAUUCUGACAGUGCUCAAAGCAUUCCCAACGGCAACUAUGAGACGGUCUCGCCCACUAACCACUCGCCGAAUGGCGCUUCGACGCCCGUCAUGGCCAAGGUGGAGGGAGCCAUGUCGCCCACAUUGGUGCGGACGCCAUCAGAGGCCAACUCGAGCCUUGGCGAGGAGGCAACCCUGUCGGCGAAUGACUUUUUCUUUGUUAGCUACCCCUUUGGCGACUCGUGUGAAGGAGAGAUGGCUAGCUGCCCCUGCGGGGAUGACUGCCAGUGUAUCGGCUGCGCCAUACACAAUAGUUCCGCUUCAGCCGACUUUGAAGGCGUUGAACUUGGACUAUGA